CAUUUGAAGUCUACCGAAAAAGAGGAUCUACCACAAAAUUCUCAUUGCAAACAUAGAACAACGCAAAAAAAGGAACUACGAGGUUAUGAGAACUAUCUCAUUGGAUGCUCAAUCUUGUCGUGGCUAUUCGUCAUGUGCUGGAAGAGGAAUCAGAACUAUAAUGAUAGAGUGGUUGUAGCAGAAUACAACGUUUCAUUGUACUGCGACAGAUGUGAAGAGUUAGUGGCCGAUACAAUUUCAAAAAUUAAAGGGGUUGAGAAGUUUAUGACAAAUAUGACAAGGCAUCAAGUUGUCGUCAUGGGUAGGAUGGACCCAAACAAAGUUUUAAAUAAAUUAAAGAAGACGGGAAAGAGAGUGGAACUGAUUUUGUCAUAUGAACAUGACAUUCCAGAAGAUGUAGAACAAGGGGGCAUGGAGAUAGACGGAUUCUUGCAACCUGCCCCUGAUCCCUAUGAUUGUUUGGGUGAGAAUACGUUGUACACGAUAUUCAGUGAUGAGAACCCUAAUGCUUGUUCAAUAAUGUAGCUAGGUAGAGAGCUUGUCGUAGUAACGUAGCAUCCCCAUAGAAACCUUGAUUCCAAGAAUUGAUUAAUUCCGAACCCCAUUGGUAUUGAAUUAAAGUGGAUAGUUGUAUGAAAGUUCAACUAUGAUUAACUUCUG